AUAUAAACAAGACGAUGAACCUACCCAUCUGUGGAGAAAGCUGCCGCAUUUUGUACUGAAUUCGCUGUGGGGAGGUUCAGAGAGCAAAGAACCUGCAACUCCCCAUCUUCCCUCAACAACAGCAUAGCAGUACAUCGCCCGAUUUUGCUGGAUACAGGUGAUGAUGAUGCAUAGGGUUAUUGAAAGAGAAAUGAUCACUACUACAAUGAUAGCUUUAUCAGGUUUUUUAAUCAUGGUCUCAGCUGUGUGCAACACGGCUGAGGUGGCAGCAUUGUCCUUCAGCUACAGCAGCUUCGAUCAAUGCAGCGAUUCCAUCAAGCUGUACGGAGAGGUGUCUUGUAUGAAUUCCGGGAUACAACUGACCGGCUUCGGGUAUUACGUGAUCGGCCAGGCCAGAUACUUCAAGCCAAUGCACCUUUGGGAUGCCACCACGGGCGAUGUCGCCAGUUUCACUACCACGUUCACCUUUGAUAUCAGCAGUAAUGUUGACAGUAACAAAAAUGGCAGUAGCAGCGAAGAUGGGUCCUCGUCGUGCUGUGACGGUCUGGCAUUCUUCCUGGCACCGCAAAACUACAGCAUCCCAGUGGGUGGGGGAGCCAGCGGAAGGUUGGGGCUUAUAUAUGCUAACCUCACCUAUGACUCCGCAUCAGAGAAUCCAUUUGUGGCUGUUGAGUUCGACACCUACAACAACGAGUGGGAUGCGUGGAACGACAGCAGCCAUGUUGGGAUUAAUAUCAACUCUCUACAGUCUGUUUCCAGUAAAAGAUGGAAUUAUAAUGGCAAUGGUACUCGUCGAAUGCGUGCGCGAAUUUCCUACAAUAAGGAUGCCAAAAUGAUGUGCGCAAGCUGGUUUAGUAGUAGGGAUGAUAAUGAUCAGUUCGAGUUCGAGAACACCCUUUGCUAUGGAGUUGAUUUGACAAAUUACUUGCCUGAACAAGUAGUCUUCGGCUUCACCAGUUCAACCGCUUGGAGGUCUCAUUCCCACAACAUCAGGUCCUGGUCGUUAAAUUCUUCCGAUCCAGUCACUGCUCGGCCCAACACCACCACGAAUACUACUACUACUACUAUAGCAACACCAAACGGGUCAUUUGGAAGAAAAGGCAGAAACAAUGGCAAAAACUUGAUCACUGGAUUGUCCAUACUAAUAUUGCUGGCCGGUCUUGCUCUUGCAGCUAUAUGGUUCUGUGUGUAUAGGCGUUUCUGUUGGAGGCAGAAUGCGGAUAAAAGUCCGUUGGCUGACCGCGAAUUGGUUAGCGCACCCAUGCGUGGUGGUAGCGAGGGGCAAGACAGCUCUAGUUCUGGUGGUAGUGCCAUGAGAUGACCUCGACCUCUUCACAGGAUCAAUGCCGGAGCGAAAUACAUCCCACCAUAUGUGGUUAGUCGAGCCACAAACAGUUUCAUUGAGGUGUUGGGUAGAGGUGGGUUCGGUGAAGUUUACAAAGGAAAACUGGACGGUAGAGUUGUCGCGGUGAAGAAACUGUUCUAGGUGGUGGCGGCUGGUGGUGGGAGAGGGAAUAAGGAGGGGUACAUGGCAGAGUUAACCGUGAUAACACAGUUGAAGCACCACAAUUUGGUUGAACUACUAAGAUGGUCAUGCGGCAACUCGGGUGAGCUCUACUUGGUCUAUGACUACAUGGAGAAUGAUAGUUUGGACAGUCAUCUAUUCGGUCAAGAGCCUGGCCAUCAACCGCUCACAUGGGAAAUCAGGUUCCGAAUCGCCAAUGAUUUGGGUUCGGGGCUACUUUACUUGCACGGAGGGUGCACUGAAUGCGUGCUGCAUAGGGACAUCAAGCCCGCUAAUGUUCUGCUGGAUUCUCGUUUCAGAGCCAAGCUGUCUGAUUUCGGACUGGCUCGCGUGGUGGGACACGACGACCGUUCCCAGUCCUUGAUCUACGGGAGCGAGGGAUACCUGGCUCCCGAGGUUUUGGAGACUGGGAAGUCGACUAAAAGCUCCAACGACUUCAGUUUUGGGGUGGUGGCUCUGCAAAUAGUUAGUGGGAAGUCGGCGUAUGUUAUCAACAAUUCAGCCCAACGUCGUCACAUUGUGGAGUGGGCAUGGGGCCUAUAUGGGGAGGGUCAUGUUGAAGCUGUAGUAGACCCUAAGCUAAAUGGUGUGUUUGUGGAGGAACAAGUCUGUCGUUUGUUGGAAGUGGGUCUUCACUGUGCUCACCCAGAUCCCUCCCGCCGGCCUCGGAUGAAGGACGCCAUGGAUGCACUGAACUUCAGGGAUCCAUUGGCAUUGGCCCCUCUGCCGUUGCAAUAUCCCACCAACCGUAGUUCCCAGGCCGGCCUCCUCCCUUCGCUGUCGCGAAUCCUCGAAGAAUCGCCGACAGUUUCCUCAUUGCAGCAGCCAGUAUUAUCAUCAUCAGGAGUUGUUCCACUGCCACAUGAUCAGCCCGUCGCAAGUAUCGCUAGAGCUCGGGCAGCUGUUUCCCGGCUCCAUCGCACGGUCUAGGACCGCAGAUUCCUUGGUGUGAUUGCUGCUGCGCUGAUCUUCUUUCGGCCAACUCCAUUUCUGUGUUGGUUUUUGCAGAAUUGGUAACUGUAUAUUGGGAGUGUUCAUUCAAUAGGGAUAUCUAUGUAUGGUUUCUACUGCACAGUUGGUUACUUAAGUUAUUACCAACUAGGGGACUUUGGGCCGCACUG